AUGUGCGUUACAGCUGAAUGUCGAAAUGGUGACUUGGGUUAUGGGGAUGAAUGCAAAUUAGACACCGAAGGUUGUGAUGGUGGAUGUAAUUGUGAUAACAAAAUGAAUUAUUCGAGUUAUGGUGGUGUAUGUGUGAGUAAUAAAUGUGGCAAUGGUAAAAUAGACAAGUACUAUGAAUCAAAUGGAAAGUAUAUUCGAACUGAAGAAUGUGACGGUGGCGUGAACUGUAAUAUCACUUGCCAGUGUAUUGAAGGAUUCAUCACUUCUCCGGAUGACCCAUUUAGUUGUAUCGAAAAAACGUUAAAUGCUGGUGAUAUUGUUGGGAUAGUAAUUGGUUCAAUUGCUUUCUUUGUUAUUGUGCUUGGCAGUUUUUUGAUUAUUUUUAUCUUUGUAUUUAGAUACAAGAAAAUAGAUAUCAACAUCUACAAAACACAACAACCGUCUUAUCAUUUCUAUAUCAGUGGAGCAACUCGAGCACUUAGUGGAAAACAGUCAAGGUAUUCAAUAACCCCAACUCGACUUGAUUUUGGCAAUGAUACCAAACUCACGGCAAUUGGACAUACAAGAUUCGAGAAAAUGGAAGUCAAGAAUUACUCAAAGAAUAAAUGGAUGAUGAUCAUUUUCCACACUCCAAACAACCCAGAAUACACCUUUUAUUUUGAUCCACAAGUGCUUAUAAUUCGUCCAAGAAUAGCUUCUCCUCAUACAGUAACUUGUUAUAUAACAAUUCAUUGUACUACUCGAAUUAGAGAUUUGAAAAUCCCAUAUUCGACAUUUGAGAAUUGGAUGGAUGAUGAUCGAAAGAAAAUGAAAAGUCUUUGUAAAGAUGUUAGAAGGCGACAUUACGAUAACUUGGUUAUAACCACAGAUGCCAUGAAUACAGUCCAUUUGGAUAUGGAUGAACUGAAUAUGUCUGAAACUCCAAUAGCCGAAGGUGCAAUGGGUAGAGUAUACAUUGGCAAUUACAGAAGUGUUCCGGUUGCAAUCAAGCAUUUAGAUGGGAGAGUCUAUCAGAUACAGAGAUGGCUGAACUGA